CAGCAUAAAAAUAUAGCAAUGAAAGCAGAAGAGGAGGAAGCUUUGUGUAGCAGCAAAUGUGUACAAGACAAGGAAAAGGAAAAAACAAGUAAAGAUGGAGAGAGAGAUCGAGAGAGAAAUGAAGCCCUGGCCAAUGCUGUUAAAGGAAAAAUCAACAAAAAAGAGGAUAUUACAAGGAUGAAAAUUAAGGAACAACUGGUAGAAAAUGGAUGUUUGCAGUUAACAUGUUUGGAUGAGAAAUGCAAUUCUGUGGGUUCUGACAGUCUAUCCCAUGAUGUAAACAGUAACUUUACUUUUGACCUUAAACAACAUGAUCAUUUAAAUGAGAGGAGUGAAUUGAUGAAACGUCACAGAGAAAAGGACACCAACAGAUCUCCGCACAGGUCUAAAAAGCAGAAAACUCACCAUGACAAGAAUUUGCAUGAUAGGAAAGAGCGACAUAACAAGAAAAACGGUGAUAGUAGGACCAAAAAGGACAAACAUCCAAAAAGUGAAAAGGCACUGGUGGAAACUGAAGAACUUCCAGACCACAGAAAGCAUCCAAAUGCUAUGAAACGAGAGGAUAAUGCCACAGAUGUACUGCCACUUAAGGAGCAUAGAUCUAAUAAUAGAAGCUCAGAAAAAAAUUUUAAAAAGCACAAAUCAUCAGACGAUGACAGGACACACAGCAGUAGAGACCAACACAAGAGCCUAAAAGCAAGUGACACAGAAGACAAGAAAAAAACUGAAAAUUUAAAGAGUACUUCAGACAGCCAUCUGAAAGAGGAAGACAGUGUGAAAGAAGAGCCUGAUGACACCGAAGCAAUGGACACAGCAGAAUAUAAUGAAAAGAGGUCAACGGAAAGAAUAGCCAUGGGUGAACAUGGAGAAAGAGUGAAAAAGGAAGAUGAAACCAAUGAAAUAGAUAAAGACUUUAAAAAAGAAAAAUCAGAGAAAAGGUCCAAAGAGGACAAGAAAGUGAGCCGGCACCUUGAAAAGGCAAAGGAUGUGCAUCAUAGAGAUAAAGAGCUCAAAAAGAACAGCAAUGAGAGGAAAAAACAACAUAAGAGUAAGUCACACCGAUCAGAAUCAGGGAGUACAAAAGAAAGGGAGGAAACCUAUAACAGAAAGAGAAAACACACUGGAGAUACAUCGACACAAAAAAAGAUAAUAAAGAAUGAAAAGGAUGACAAACAGACUGUCCUAAAAGAAGAUGAAAAGAAUAAACAGGAGGAUGAUAAAUGGAAGUGGUGGGAAGAAGGGAAAUCUCUGGAUGGCACGAAAUGGAAGUUUCUUGGACAUAAAGGGCCAAUUUUUGCACCUGCCUAUGAACCACUACCUGACAGUGUUCACUUCUACUAUAAUGGGAACCCCAUGAAACUUGCUCCAGAAACGGAAGAGAUAGCCACCUUUUAUGCAAAGAUGUUGGACCAUGAGUAUACUGCAAAAGAGGUAUUCCAGAAGAAUUUUUUUCAUGACUGGAGAAAGGAGAUGACUGAAGAAGAAAAAAAAAUGAUCAAGCAUCUUGAAAAAUGUGAUUUUGCAGAAAUGCACAAAUAUUUUGUGGAAAAAUCAGAAGAAAGGAAGGCGUUACCAAAGGAAAAGAAGCAGGAGCUAAAGGCAGAACAGGAGAAAGUGCAGAAAGAAUUUGGUUAUUGUAUACUCGAUGGGCACAAAGAAAAAAUUGGAAAUUUUAAAAUUGAACCCCCAGGACUGUUCAGGGGUCGUGGAGACCACCCUAAAAUGGGAAUGCUUAAACGGAGAAUCAUGCCAGAAGAUGUUAUAAUAAACUGCAGCAAAGAUUCAGGCAUCCCAAAGCCCCCACCUGGUCAUAAAUGGAAAGAGGUCCGGCAUGAUAACACAGUGACUUGGCUUGCUUCAUGGACAGAGAAUAUCCAGGGAGCUAUCAAAUACAUUAUGUUAAAUUCAAGUUCUAAGCUUAAGGGAGAAAAAGACUGGCAAAAGUUUGAAACUGCACGCAAGCUGAAAGAUGUUGUGGAUUCCAUUCGCUUGCAGUAUCGAACAGAUUGGAAAUCCUAUGAAAUGAAGAAAAGACAGAGAGGAGUUGCACUUUACUUUAUAGACAAGCUAGCUCUCAGAGCAGGUAAUGAGAAGGAAGAAGGUGAGACAGCAGACACUGUUGGCUGCUGCUCUUUGAGGGUGGAGCAUAUUAAACUUCAUGAGAAGCUUGAUGGGAAAGAGUAUGUUGUAGAAUUUGACUUCCUUGGAAAGGAUUCCAUUCGUUACUAUAACAAAGUGCCUGUGGAGAAAGCGGUGUUUAAAAACUUGCAUCGAUUUAUGGAGAACAAGAACCCAGAUGACGAUCUGUUUGACCGACUUACUACUGAUGUUGUAAAUAAAUACCUCCGUGAGCUCAUGGAUGGACUGACAGCCAAGGUGUUUCGAACUUACAAUGCAUCUAUUACCCUACAACAGCAACUCAAGGAGCUCACCGACUCUGAUGGCACAGUUGCAGAAAAAAUCCUGUCCUAUAAUCGUGCAAAUAGAGCUGUUGCGAUUCUUUGUAAUCAUCAAAGGGCUGCACCUAAAACAUUUGAGAAAUCCAUGCAAAAUCUUCAAUCAAAGAUUGAACAAAAAGAACUUCAAAUAAAGGAGGCAAAGCAAGACUUGAAACGGGCGAAAGCCGAUCAUAAAGUAAAAAAGGAUGAAAAGUCAAAAAAAACUGUUGAGAAAAAGGAGGCUGUGAUAAAAAGACUAGAAGAGCAGUUGAAGAAGUUGUUACUUCAAGCAACUGAUAGAGAAGAAAACAAACAAAUCGCAUUGGGGACAUCCAAGUUAAAUUACCUUGAUCCUAGGAUUUCUGUUGCCUGGUGUAAAAAGUAUGGAGUUCCCAUUGAGAAGAUUUAUAACAAAACCCAAAGAGAGAAGUUUGCUUGGGCCAUUGACAUGACUGACAAAGACUUCGAAUUCUAAAAGGCAGGAAGAAGAUGUUCAUUUAGAGAGCCAAUGUAAUUUUUUGAUCACUGCAGAUGAAUUCAAAACCAAACAAAUUUUUAAAUAGUUAAUGUAAGUUUACAGUGUAACAGCAGCAACAGAAGGUAAGAAGAGUACUUGGAGGCUGAGCUCAUCUGAUAAUGUGGCACAAUGUCUCUUGGAAAUAUGGUACUAAUAGCGAUCUUGUUUAAUAAUUAAUUAUUAUAUUUGAAGUAAAGAAAAAUUAUAUUUUUCAGGUUUGUUAAUUUUGAAAGUAAAUUUGAUAUUUUGCAUUUUAUACGUCAUUGUGUGUUCCAGUACACUUUACCAUUUCUUGUUUGGGUAUGGUGAUGUAAGUUUUGUUUUUCUUUUUCAUUUUCUUUUUCUGUCCUCAGCAGUGUAUUACUGUCUCAUUUACACACUGACCAUCAUUUGUAAAAAAAUCAGUAUUUUCAGUUUGUCAUCAGUUCAUAUCAUACAUUCAGAUUAUAAUAAAGAGCACUUGCCACUGAUCAGUA